UUUUGCUGUUCUCUCUCCUCAGUAAUUUUUCGCCUCCUUUUUAUUGUCUCUUGUCAUUUUUCUCUCUCCAUUGUCUUCUUUCUUCAUUCAGCUUUAUGCAAAUGGCUUUUUAAUCUGUCUACUUUCACCUCCAUCUCAUAUAUAUACAUCCUCUUCUCUCCCUCUCUCUUUCACAUUAAUCCCCUGACUUCUGUAACGACGAGAGAGAAUUCGUUCAAUGGAAACUAAAACUUAAUAUCUUCGCUGGUCUCUGUGUUGUUGCGGCCUCCUUCCGUGUUGGCUGUAGUUACGUACCGUUUUUGACACGCCAUGCAAACAAUAUCUCUGCGCAUGUCGCUGUAAAAGACGCACUUUUGUUUUUAUAUUUCACAUGGGCUGCUGAGGGCUGAUGGCCUGUGUUAACGGCCACACAUACCGUUCUUCUGCUCAUAAUGCUCUAGGUGCUACUGCCGCUACUAUUACCACUUGCACACCCAAUGCUGUGCAUUAUUUAGUAGUUUCGCUCAGCUGACUCAUUAUUACUACCCUGUAUGAAUCCUAUUACGUCCAUCAUCUCUUAUUUUGCCACAGAAAGCGACAAAAACAGCGAUGAAGUUGGAAGCGGCGAUAAAACAGAAAACGAAGACGAAGAUGAAGACGAAGAACGAGACAUUGAGAAUAGUAGUAUUCGCGAACCAACAGCACAGGUGACAGAAGACGAACACUACAUGGCUGUAGUUGACUACGAGAAAUGUAUCGACGAUAACAACGAUGAAGAUGAUAUCGAAGACAAUGACGACGAUCCUAAAAAUACACUUUUUCCUCCUGUUCAACUUUCCGAUCCUAACUGCUCGUCGUUGACAAGUGGGGUUUCUCACUGGACUCCAGUUCGGAAACAGCCAAGACCACCACCCGCUCAUCUCAAGAAAUACCUCUACCCAGUCUCGGAAAUCAUCGAAGAACUUCACCCAGAGGAAGUGAGAUGGAUGUACCGGCAUGCUGGAAAGAAAAAAUGGACUCCAUUUAUCGGAUACGAUUCUCUUAGGAUCGAGUUCAGGUACAGAGAGCUGAGUGUAUCAUCUUUAAGCGAAGAUAAACUAAAAGAUAUGAUUGUCGUACGUGGAGGACUUUACGAAGUCGAUGUCGUCGCCCGGAAAUGUUACCCGUUGUUUUGGACUGGUGAUACCGCUGAUGUACUUCGAGGGAUCUGGUUCUAUGAUGAUACUUGGCAACCUCUAGAGGAAGACACUUCCAUUCGUAUAGAGUCGGAUCAUUUGGGAAAGUUUUUGGGAAAGAAGUAUCCAUGUGAUUUUUCUGAGACAGUAAACUUAAAGGUUGCCAGACAAGUUAUCCAUCAUAUAGCAUUCUCAGACUGCCAUGUUGAAUGGAGAAAUGCUACGGAAGUUUACAUGUUUAGUGAUUCUACUCCUUCAAAAAUUGUUCGAUCUGUAAGUCAGACAUUAGGAUUUCAGAAGAGUGGAACCAAACUGUGUCGCGGAUACUGUAAUGAAGCUCGGAUGGAUGACAAGCCUCCAGACAUUACUCAUCUGGUGUUUGUUGUUCAUGGUAUUGGCCAAAAAAUGGAUACUGGCAAUAUAAUUAAACGAUGUAAUGAACUGCGGGAAUCUAUAGAGCGACUGAAAAAGAAAAAUUUCCCCAAUUUGGACCAAAGUAAUCAGAGAGUAGAAUUCCUGCCUGUAGAGUGGCGAUCUAGUCUGCAACUAGAUGGUGAUACUGUUGAGCUCAUUACACCCCAUAGUGUAAAAGGUCUCCGCACAAUUCUAAAUAGUAGUGCCAUGGAUAUUCUAUACUAUACAAGUCCACUCUACCGAUCAGAGAUUACCCAUGGUUUGCAAUCUGAGAUAAACAGAUUGUAUUCUGUGUUCUGCCUCCGAAAUCCUUAUUUCAUUUCUGCUGGAGGAAAGAUAUCCAUUGCUGCACAUUCCUUGGGUGCUGUGAUAACGUACGAUAUCAUUACAAGCUGGAACCCAAUCAAACUUUAUGAUCAGUUUGUUGCAUCUUUAAUCAAACAAUAUAUGGAAUUAAUAGAUGAAAAACGAGAACAGUUGCAAGAUAGUACCCAUCUGUUAACUGAUAUGGACAGUGCCAGAGCAAGAGUUUCUGAAAUUGAAUCCCAACUGUCUUCACUUCAAGAGAAACAACAAAAAGGGUCACAAGCACUCAAAUUCCGAGUAGAAAACCUUUUUUGUCUUGGUUCUCCUUUGGCUGUGUUUCUAACUCUCCGAGGUGUCCCUCUUCAUGGCUGUGAUAACAAUGGACAACCAAACGUCAUUCCAUCACAUUUGUGUCAUAGACUCUUCAACAUUUACCAUCCAGCCGACCCAAUUGCCUAUCGCAUUGAACCAUUAAUCUACAAACAUUAUGCAUCUAUUUUACCUGUGGACAUCCAACGGUUUGAUGCCCCAUUAAAGAGACCCUAUUCAGAGUGUUCAGGAAGAGGGAGUACUUCUGAUACUCUUGUUGAUUCGAGUAGUGAACACAGUAUUGCAAGCAUUCCUGAAUCUUCCACAGAAACUGAAGUAGAAUCCUCAUCCUUACCCAAAACCAUUGGAUAUUCUUUGGGGAACAUGUUCUUAACUUUAAUUAAAAAGUCACCUUCAGAUUUAUUGACUCGUGAGCUUAAAAAAAUGGAGACGGAAGCAAGACAGUUAGAAGAAAUGAACCCAACUCCAAUGCCAAGUUGUUCUGUGCAUAAUGCCCCAGGUAUGUGCUUGAAUUUUUUUUUUUUUUUACUUUAUAUUAUUCCUAAUAGACAUACCAUUAAUACAGUUGCCUAACCUAUUUUUUCUGUA